ACGGUUAAAAAGUUAAGUCAUUGGACAUAACUUGUACUCUCCUGGUAGAAGUAAAAUUCUUUUAACCCUACAUCUUAACUGCUACAUUCACAUCCACCUUCAUUCUUUACUGUGGAAAAUCAGCUGAAAUAGGAGAAGAAGUAGAGAUGGAAGUGGGCAAUGCAGAUAAGGAAGUGUUGGAGAAAGUAGUUUUUUUGGCACCAAUAACACCCUUCAAGUCCAUGCCAGCAACAACAGAAUUUAAUUCUAUCAAUGCUGGCGUCAACAAUUUUUUGUCCACAAAUAGUUCAGAUAACAGCCAAAAAAAGGAUGAGGAGGUUUCUGGUGUGAUCGGAGGGAGGAGCAAAUUUCUAAGUCAAUAUUUGGAUGGUUAUUCUAAAGCUGCGUCAGUGGCUCCUUCAACUCCUAUGAAGGGUAACCCACAGAAGAAACAAUGUGGUAGCUUAGACUUGAAUGAAAGACCACUGAAGAAACCAAGAAUGAGAAAACACACACCAAAAAUCUUUGAUGAAAGUAAGCCCAAAAAGACUCCAAAGCCUAAGAUAAAGCCUUCGAUUCCAAAAUCAGGUAACUUUAAGGUAAGUACCAAGACAAAGAAGAAACUAGAAAAGGACUGCAACAAAGUUUCAGAUGAUUUAUCAGGAGAUGUUGAUAUGCAAACACCUAAUAGUAAGAUUCCAGAAACUAUUCCCGAAUCUAUAGUCCUACAGGUUUCAACUCCUCAACCAGAAAUUCUGGAGCAUGUUAUCCCAGCAAUAAGUCCACCAGGUCUUGAGCAUGAUAUUCUUACAGAUCUUGGACAUGAUUCGAAGUCAUGUAAACGAUCUCUCCAUUUCGACUUGGAAAAUGAGAAUGAUGGUAUUUCCGUAGGCGCAGCAGAAGUGAUUAGAAAUCAUGUAACACAUAGUUACAACAAAUUCUUGGCAAAUCCAUUGGACAGUUUUAAUGAGCAGGCAGUUGAUACAAAUAGCUCCAUUGGCCUAGAAGAUAAUUUAGAGUCAGAGUCAACUUCCCAACCCAACCAAGGAAAUGAUCCUAGUAUCUACCACGAUGACCAAAGAGCCUGUCAGCAUCAAUUUCUGAAAGUUUAUAAAAGGAGAAAAACUCAAAUAGAUUUGAUGCCCUUGGCAGGAAAUGAAGCUCAUAUCUACCAGAACAACCAUGGAACAAUCAGCCCAACUAAUUGUCGGGAUCGUUUUCUGAAAGUUUAUAAAAGGAGGACAAUAGGAAGCAUUGGUGCCGUGCCUUUGGCAGGAAACGAAACUAUCUCCCAGAAUGACCAUAAAGCACGAGACGAAGGUGAUUCUCAGCUUGAUUUUCUGGAAAAUUACAGGACACAAAAUAACACCGGUACUGCUGAUUAUGCAGACAAAGGCUGGAGUGCAUUGGAUACUAAUACGAAGUGCAAAGUGACUUCCAGUGCAAAGAGGAUGGGCAGAAGAAAUGGUAUAAAGAGAGCUACAAGGAAACGUGUCAAAAUUGCAAGGAGAAACAAAAAGAGUUCUUUUACAAUUUCCAAGAGAGUUACCAGGACAGAUUUUGAUAUUGUCAAUGGUGCUAAAAAUACAUGUUUUUCAACUAUGAAUUUGGAGCAGAAUGGAAAAUUUAGAUCACAUUUUGUUGGAAAGGUCCUACCUAACGAAAAUCAAAUUGCAGCUGCAAUGGCUGAUCCAGAAUCAUUUGAGUGUGUGUUCAGCUUGUCCCCUAUGAUUAAGUCUUGGAGGAGGAGAUCAAUCCGUCCUAAGAGGACCAAGUCUGCUCGCAGGGAAGAAAAUACAGAACUAGAACCUUUAAGUCUUGCCUUGACUCUGUCUCCACUAGUCACGACCAAAAGAAAAAGAUCUAAGAACUGCAAAAGAUCAACUGCUAUACUAGAUCCCCUCUGCAUUAAGUCAGAAAUAAGUGCAAUCAAUGGGAUUGAAUCUUUUAUAGAUAAGUGGUCUCAAAUAAGUGCUUGCAAUGAAAUUCAGGAAUGCUCGCAACAUGAAGAUUCGUGGCCUCAAACAGAUAAAUCAGCUUGCAAUGAUGUUGAAGAGUGCCCACGACAUGAAGGUUUGUUUCCUAGAACAAAUAAACCAACUUGCAGUGAAAUUCAGGAAUGUCCACAACACAAGAAUCUGCUGCCUAGAACAAAGCGUUCAACAAACAUGAAAUCCUUGGUUGCGGAACUUAUUCGCAACUUAAAAAAAUUAAAAAUUUGUGAUAAGAGAACCUAUAAAAAGAAAACAACCAGCAACAAUGCUGGCCAGCUUGUCUUGCGAAAUCCUCAUGGUCCAAUAAUCCCUCACAAGGGAAAGGACAAACCCAGAGAAAAACUGCCCAGGGUUGAUCUUGAUAUGGAGUCAGAGCGAGUGUGGGAACAACUCAUAGAAAAUGGUGGAAUUGAUGAAGACCCGGAUACAGAGAAGAAUAUAUGGUGGGAGAAGCAAAGAAAAAUAUUUAAAGGAAGGGUAGCCUCAUUCAUUGCCCGCAUGCGUCUUGUCUUAGGUAAUAGGACUUUUUCCCAAUGGAAAGGGUCAGUGGUAGACUCUGUGGUUGGCGUUUACCUAACACAAAAUGUAUCAGAUCAUCUUUCAAGCAAUGCAUUCAUGCUUCUUGCUUCAGCAUUCCCACUUCAAAAUAAGCAAGAAAUGACCACACAACAAGAACAAGCUCUAGCAAUUACACAGGGAAUGCCAGAUUCAUUUGAAAAAGAUGAGAAAGAUUUUGACACAUAUGAAUCAUCUUCUAGAACUACAUCAGAAUGUUUGCAAGAAGAAAUUAUAGGAAAUGAAAGUACAUGUGGAAGUCAGUCUUCAGUCAAUUCUUGCAACCCAGAAGUGAUAACCUUUGCUAAGAGUUGCGAUUCAGGAAAUGAAACAGGUAAUUUGCCCGACACAAUCUCGAGAGAGAAAAAUAAAUUGCCAAAAAGAGAAAUUGAUUGGGAUGAAUUGAGGAAAACCUAUUCUACUGGAAGAUAUAGUGGUUCCACUGAAGGUAAUAGGGAUUCCAUUAAUUGGGAAGCUGUUAGACAUGCUGAUGUUGAAAGGAUUUUUGAACCAAUAAAAUGUCGAGGACAGGGUAAUGUUCUUGCUGCAAAAAUUAAGAAUUUUCUUAACCGAUUGGUUGAGCAUCAUGGAAGCACUGACCUUGAGUGGUUAAGAGAUGUCCCGACGGAUGAUGUGAAAGAAUACUUGUUGAGUAUUGUUGGGCUUGGGCCGAAGAGCGUGGAUUGCAUUCGACUUUUGUCACUUCGACAUCAUUCCUUUCCUGUUGACAUAAAUGUUGCUCGGAUAGCAGUACGUCUAGGAUGGGUCCCUUUGCAACCAUUACCUGAUGGGAUCCAAAUGCAUCUUUUGGAGAAGUUCCCCCUGGAGAGUUCCAUACAAAAGUACCUUUGGCCACGUCUAUGCAAACUUGAUAUGCCAACACUAUAUGAAUUGCAUUAUCACAUGAUCACAUUUGGAAAGGUUUUCUGUACAAAGAAAAAGCCAAACUGUGAUGCCUGCCCAAUGAGAGCCGAAUGCAGGCACUUUGCUAGUGCAUUUGCAAGUACUAGGCUUCGCCUCCCAGGACCACAACAGAAAGGAGAGGCCGCCUCUAAACAGCCUGAUAGAGUUGAUGAUGUCCCAAACAUGUGUGUGUCGUUACCAAAUUUGUCCCAUUCUAGCGAAAGCUUCUUGGAUUCCAGCUUCCAGACUCAAAAUUGUGAGCCUAUCAUAGAAAUGCCAGAAUCUCCAGAGCACAGACCUCUAGAAUCACUGGAACAAGACAUUGAAGACUUUUCUUAUGAGGCGGAGCAUGAGCAGGAGAUACCUACCAUCAAACUCAACACUAAAGCGUUCGGAGAAAAUAUUUUGAACUUCAUUGACAAGUCCAAUAAAGAGUUUAAAGAAAGUGUGUUGAGCUUUGUUGAUGAGAUCAGUAAAUUGUAUAGAGAUGAAGAAGUUUCCAAAGCCUUGGUUCUUUUGAAACCAGAAUCUGCUUCGCAUCCUUCUCGUAAGUUGAAGACAAAGACUCGACUAAGGACUGAGCACUCAGUGUAUGAGCUUCCAGAUGAUCAUCCUCUUUUGAGUGGGUUUGAGAAACGGGAGCCUGAUGACAACUGCCCUUACCUUCUUGCCAUCAGCCUAACAGAGCAAGUUAUGUAUAAAUCGAAAAAAAAUGGAAAAGUUUCUAGCUCCCUGGAAUUAGAACUUUAUGAUUCAGAGAUAUGCUCGGGCAGCACAAGUUACUCCUCAAAUGAUCAAAUAGUUUAUGGAACUAUUUUGAUACCCUGCCGAACGGCAAAUAGGGGAAGUUUUCCACUAAAUGGUACUUACUUCCAAGUCAAUGAGGUUUUCGCUGAUCACGAGUCGAGCGAAUACCCAAUUCAUGUUGCAAGGGCAUCAAUAUGGAAUUUGAGACGAAGAAUUUUAUACUGUGGAACUUCAGUUUCAAGCAUUUUUAAAGGCUUGUCAACAGAAGAGAUUCAAUACUGCUUCUGGAGAGGAUAUAUGUGUGUCAGAGGAUAUGACAGAAAGCAAAGGGCACCCAGACCUCUCCCCAAUCGAUUCCACUAAGGAUAUAUUGAACUCUGAUGAUGAGCAUUUAGAUGCAACACAUGUAUAUACAUUCAUCCUCAUCUAACAUUUUUUUCUUGUGAGAAUUAUGACUGCCAUUGAUGAAAAAGUCAUCAUAGUUGCUCAUAUAGUUUCCAUAAUUUUUCAUUCUUUCACUAUUUAAAUUACAUGACAGGGUUUUCAUGUUCCAAUUAUUGAUUUGAUCAUUUGGUUAGAGUUUAAUUUCAUGAAUGAGAGCUACCCUGUCAAGUUAUAAGGGCAUAAUACCUCACGCUAUUAUCAAUGAAUGAAGGAAAAUAUCUAUUCUCAUUUUGAA